AUGCCACUCUUCUCCCGCUCCACCCCGGCAACCACCGAAACUACAACAACGACCCAUCACCGCGGCACCUCUCCAAAACGCUCAUCCACGCUCUUCCGCCGCCGCUCGCCAACCCCACCACCAGUAGCCCACUCCUCCACCCACAACUUCCUGCACAGAAAUGAAGAUGCUUCCAUCAUUACCGCGCGAGAACGCGUUAUCGCUGCGGAACGCAGUGAGAAAGAGGCGGAUCGCGCGCUGAUUCAGGCGAGGGUCGCGGUUAAGGAGGCCAGGGAACAUGUUAAGCGUAUUGAGAGGGAGGCGAAGGAGGAUGCGAGACGCGCGCAGCUUAAGGCGGAGCAGGCGAAGAGUUUGGGGAAGAGAGAGAGGGCUUUGGGUCGACAUGGACAUUAA